AGUUCCUCCUACAACUAGCUUGAACUACCUUUCCCGACAUGCUUUGCGCACGAUCACGUGACGUUGAGAGCAGCGCGGGAAAUUUGGGGUAGCUCGGGUUUGGGUCGCUGUAAUUCGGCUUCCAUGGCAACCACACCAGAACCGGGAUCUAAGGCAAAGGGCAAACAACCCGUGCAGGAUCUAGAUGACUUGCUGCGCUGUGCAAUUUGCUUUGAUUACUACAACAUAGCUGUGAUAAUCCCACAGUGUUCUCAUAACUACUGCUCUUUGUGUAUCCGGAAGUUUCUAUCAUACAAGACACAAUGUCCAACUUGCUGUGUAGCAGUUGCAGAGCCUGAUCUCAGAAAUAACAGGAUAUUGGAUGAUCUGGUAAAAACUUUUAUCUCAGCAAGGCAGCAUCUUUCAAAGGUUGUCUUGGAUUCACCUCCCAUGUCGCCACAAAGUAACCCCUCCACCAGCAAGAUUGCAAAAAUGCAGGGAUGCACUGGUAAACAAGUAAAGCAAGAGAACAUAAUAAUGAAUAGAUUUCUGGUAAAAGGCAACUGUUCAACACCCCGAACUCAUUCAAACACUUUACAAGAUGAAACCUUUUUAAGCCAGGAUUCUUCAUAUACCUCUGCUAAUACCUCCAAUAUUGAUUUAGCCGGAGAAGCAGGUUCUGUAAUGACAGAGACGUUUGGUACAUUUUCACCCUCCACAUCUGCUCUAGCUGCACCCUCUUCUGCAUCAAAAGUUAGAGUUGAUUGCCCAGUUUGCGGAGUUAGUAUUCCAGAACAGUAUAUAAACAAGCAUCUAGACAGCUGCUUAACCCGGGAAGAAAAAAAAGACAGUCUGCGCAGUUCUGUUAACAGGAGAAAAUCCAUGGCCAAAGUGGUGUAUAACCUGCUGUCUGAGAGGGAUUUGAAGAAGAAGCUGAAGGAGGUUGGCCUUUCCACCCAUGGCUCCAAGCAACAGAUGAUCAGAAGGCACCAGGAAUUUGUUCAAAUGUAUAAUGCUCAGUGUGAUUCCUUGAAUCCAAGCUCAGCUUCAGAAAUUGUCUGUGAAAUUGAAAAAAAUGAGAAGAUACGAUCACUUUUGGAAGCAAAUCAAGAAGAAAGUGGUAUGACGUUUAAAAAGGAACAAACUGAAGAAGAAAUAGAUGAGAUACACAAACAAUACAGAACAAAGCACAAAAAUGAGUUCCAGCAGCUUGUUGAUCAGGUGAAGGGCCGAUGGAAGAGGUUGAGCAAAACAAAAGUGAAAAUGGAGCCUGAAGAUGGGCCGAGCAGUGCUGCUGCCCAGAACAAACUGAGCAAGUGCAGUGUUACUGACUGCGUCGGACUGGGCCGCCGGAGUACAGGGAAAAAACCCGGUGGGCCCCAGAUACGAUCCCCCCACCAGGGCGCUCCCGCGAUUCUUUUCUCUCUCCCCCAACGCACCGCAGAAAAUGACCAGCAACAGGAGCAGGUAGCCUUUAAUACUGCACUUACCCAAGAGCAUAAUCACCUACAGGAACAGGACAAACCCCCUGUGCCAACAGAGAACCUGAUAGCGUUCAACGAUUCAGACCCAGGGUCUCCUCAGUCUGCAGUGAGUUCAAGUUCAGACAUUCUGCGAGACAUUGAUGAAGCUGUGACGAGCGAAGAUUCCAGUUCGAGUCUAGAUACUUCGGGCCCCCAAAAGAGAAAACGGAAACUCUCCCGGCCUAAAACAACAUCAGGUGAAGAAAAACCCAGAACCAAACGCCAUCGGAAGUGAACAGUCUCUAAUGUGCUCCACAGGCCGUAAUUUACCAAAAGGAAUUCUGCUCAAUGACAGGAAGGGGAGAAGAGUCUACAGCUGCUACCCAUCUCCAAGGACACAUUGCUGCUACACAGACUGCAGAAAGGAAUAUGGGGUCAAACAGGCUUGGUGCCCCCUCUUGUAUGUAUAUAAGCCUUGACUAAUACAACACAGGCGUAUUUAUCUCCAGCACAGAAUCAAACCAAAUACAACAUGUGCUAACAUUCAAUGUGUGCUACUCUCAUUCCGUGUGAUGGUAGGAAUGCAACUGAAAAUAGUAAAACCGAUAACAAGACCGGCGGGUUCCAUUUGCAUUUUAUACAAGAGUCACAAAACCUAAAAUGCUUUCUAUAGAUGGUAUAAAGCCUCAGCUCCAACUGUGAUCAAAAAGCUACCUCAGAUAGGAUAAGCUUAUAUCUGUACUCACUGGCAUUUCCUUGGCACCAGAGCUUGUUAGGUAGACUCGUCUGGAUAAAAUUUGCACUCUUUUAUUUAAGCACCAGCUCUAAACCCAUUACCUAUUUCACAAAGGUCAAAUUUAAUAUAGUAAAGAGUAAAAUGUCUUUACUAUUGUGAAAUAAAACAUACGCUUCUUAAUUUAAACACCAGAUAUAAACUUGAUAUAAGAUUGAUAAAGGGCAAGUUUAAUAUAGAAAGUAUUCAUAAAAUGUCUCGUUGUGAAAUAAAAUUCUUUCCCGAAACUACAGUAAAUUCCAGUCAUUGUUAUACUGCAUAGGACACAAGUUGGGUGUCCAGUAGGGGGAGCUGUUGCAAGCUGUUUGCUUUUAAUCAUUAGACAAGAUAGGCUUAUAGCUGCCAGUGGAUGCAAACAUAUGUACUUUGCAGAAAAUCAGUGAGCGAGAGUUUAAGCAUUUAGAAUCAAUAUAAAGUUGCUCAGUUGCCCUUUAAGCACCUUUGCAAUUUACUAAUUAUUAUUUUCCACUUUUCAGGACAUUAGGAGUUUUUACAUUGCUAAUGUAAUACAUUUUAUAUACCACCACCAUUUUUUUUUUUUUUAAUUAUUUAGGGUUUGAUUUAGCAGCUCUCCAUUUUGGAAUUAGCUCCAACUUUCCCCUGCAACCAAUCAGUGGUUUGAAAUAUAAACAGGGAAAGGCCUGAAUAGAAAGAUAUGUAAUAAAAAGUAAAAAUAACAAUAACAUUGUAGCCUUACUAGACCAAUCGCUUUUUGGCUGCCAGAUGAAAAAAAUCAAGAUCUGAUCAAAAGUGGUAAAUAUGAGCCAUUCUGUAAGGGUGAACUACCCUUUCAAUGUCAGAUGGACUAUAUUGUUUAGAGCCCCCUUUCCCCCCAGGGUCAUUUCCUAUCCCAUUAUUGGCAAGUGCUGCUGAUCGUCUUUGAUUUCAGGUGAUAAGUACUUGAAAAACGCUCUUGUGCACAUUUUCUAGAGAUAAUCACAGGUUGGUGGAGAUCCAUAGUGCUUUCCAUUGAUGUCUGUAUAAAAAGUGAUUGCAUUCUAAAUGAUAAAAAUCGAUUGUGCUUUUCUUAUAUUUCUGUGCUAUUUCCUGUAAGGAGUCAUUUUAAAAGUUAAAAUGCAUUUGUAAAAUGAAAGAUAUUAUCUGGGAAAUAAAUGAAUUUUUUAUUUUAA